UCUUUUUUUGUCUUACUCUGAAAUGAAAAUCAGCUGUAGACUCAGCUGACUGUGCUGCUCAGAACAGACCUCAAGCUGAAUCUAGUGCCACGAGUCUUCAUGAGGCUGGUUAUAGCCAAAGUCAAUCUCAAAGGGGCAGCAGUGAUCCAGCACUCACAACUUCCCUUGAACUUACCCCAGCAGUAAAGCCUUCCACAAGGCAGGACAGAGGGAUCCUGGCCCUAGGCUGCCUAACAUUUCCUUGGGGAAAAGCAGCCUGUUUAGAUGUUAGUCAGCAGGGACGUGGCUGUGGUGUACAACACUGCUUUGAUGUCAGACUGUGCUCACAAAGCCAGGAGGUCCCGCUGAGGUAAAAGAGGCAGGUUCGUGUAAGUAAAGACCAUUUAUUUCUUUGGAAAGAGGUGCAUUUCUUAUAUAGCCUGAGCUGAAGGAAAAAUGAAGCUUAUAAAAAUGACCAGAUAACAUUUUGCGUAGUGCUUUUGCUGCAAGGAGAGACUACGAGGCCCACACUAACAUUUUCCCCUCCCUGAGGCAGCUUUUCUUCCCGCCCUAUCCCCGGGACUACAGUUCCCAGCAGCCCUUGCGGUGCCCUCCCGCCUCCUGCACGGGCUCGCUGCCGCGGAGGCUGCUGGGACUUGUAGGCGCCAGUCCGCCAGGCGGCUGCUGCGGGGAGUUCGGGCGGGCUCCAGAGUCCUUAAUUGAAGCUGGAGUUUCAUUCAAGUACAUCGCUGGAAUGUUUCCUGAGACUGCUCACCAGAGGGGUGUGCACUUCUGGUAUGAAUGAGGAAGGGAAAAUAAAUGAGAAAACAGAGGUAAAAGCUGGGAGAAGCAGCAGGAGUGGCUGCACUGGGAGCCCUGAAGAGAGAGUGCCUGGGAGCUUCACAACCCCAUCCAGGACCUGCUUACAGCAUCACGUCAGGAAUGGAUUCUGCCUACCCUGACAUUUUAUUCCUGUGAGAGGAGAUGUUCAGCUGCAAAAGGAAGAAGUGUCAGGAAGUGUCUCUGUAAACUUUUUGUCACUGGGGAGAAGUGAAGAGGGGAGGCUUUCAGAAGCUGCUCUGUCUUGAAGAUGGAUAUUAAGAGCAUGAAGAGCUAUCUUUAUUGGCUGUACUGCCAGUUCGAAUUAAUCACCUGCAGCUAUCUCAUGGAGCCCUGGGAAAAAGUGCUCUUCUACGGCUUCAACGUCACUAUGUUAGUGAUGGUAGCAUACACUGCUUACAUCUUUUUCCCCGUCCAUAUUAGCACGGCUUUUCAGUUCUGCUUGCCCUUAUUUGGAAGCCAACGUGAAAAUACUGUUUCUGUUGUGAAGUAACAUUGGCAACCUGACAUAACUUUUGGAUCAAAGAAGUGUUUUUCUCAACGCUUUCUGUUUAGAAAGACAGGUUCGGGGUGUGUGCAAACACUGUUUUACUCUCUUCAUUUUCUUCUGUAUUCUGGGACUAUGUGACAGCAAACUUUAUUUGCCAAAUCAGUUUCAGUCAGUCCUCGUAUUUAUCAUUUGACAGUGCCUUUUAAAGAGCUUACAGUUUUAAAGACUGACUGAAGUUACAAAGCUGGGUUUGGUAAGGAAGCAACUGUGCUGCAUAUUUUGUUACUCCAGGGAGAACUGUUUGGAUAUGGAGAGUUUUCAUCUUGGGAAAUUCCUAUACGGCAUAUAAUUGUUCUUGUCUGCUACAGCUCUGCUGACAGGGAAGAUGUGUACAUGAAAGGUUUUAUACGAUACCAUGCAACUACAGGCUGCUUCUCUAGGCUUGAUAUGUAUGUAUUUAUACAAUAACUUCAGUAUUUAUUUAGUUUCACUCCGUUAUUUAAUGCAGUGAAUUAUUUGACUGGUUCAUCUUUAUGAAAAUAAUGCAGUUGAUUUGUUGAAAUUGUGAGGAUUUCCUUCCACAAAUAUUAUAAAUAAAACUCUGAUUUUCUUG